AUGAGCGGCUCUUUCGAUAAGAAGCUCUCCAGCAUCCUGACGGACCUCUCGGGCUCGCUGAGCUGCCAUGCAGCCUCCAAGGACUCUCCCACCCUGCCGGAGUCCUCGGUCACAGACCUGGGCUACUACACGGGCCAGCACGACUACUACCCGGGCCAGUCGUACGGGCAGCCCGUGGGCCACUACCCCUACCCCCAGUUCAACCUCAACGGCAUCGGAGCCGCCGGCACCUACUCGCCCAAAUCCGAGUAUUCCUACAGCCCCUCGUACCGCCAGUACGGGCACUUCAGGGAGCAGCAGCUCCCGGCGCAGGAGGCAGUGUCCGUGAAGGAGGAGCCGGAGCCCGAGGUGCGGAUGGUCAACGGGAAGCCCAAGAAGAUCCGCAAGCCCCGCACCAUCUACUCCAGCUACCAGCUGGCCGCCCUGCAGCGCCGCUUCCAGAAGGCGCAGUACCUGGCACUGCCCGAGCGCGCCGAGCUGGCCGCGCAGCUGGGGCUCACCCAGACCCAGGUGAAGAUCUGGUUCCAGAACCGGCGCUCCAAGUUCAAGAAGCUCUACAAGAACGGCGAGGUGCCUCUGGAGCACAGCCCCAACAACAGCGACUCCAUGGCCUGCAACUCUCCCCCCUCGCCGGUGUGGGACAGUCCCGGCGCCGCCCGGACCCCGCUGCCGCAGCCGCUGCCCUACAGCUCCUCUCCCGGCUUUCUGGAGGAGCACAACCCCUGGUACCACCCCCAGAGCCUCAGCGGCCCCCACGGACCCCCCCAGGCCCAGGCGGCGCCCCCGAUGCACCACCCGUCCCCCGGGCCCCCCAGCACGGGCGCCGUGUACUGACCGCGGGCACCGAGGGCU